AUGCCUCAAUUCAAGUCACCGGUCAUUCACUACAUUAUCAAAGAGAAGAAAGAUUGUAGCAACUCAGAAAGACAAAGACAAUCCCAAAUUCCCAAUUUACCCUUCUUGUCACCCUAUAAAUCUCCUCAAAUCCCACCCAUCAAAUCCAUUCAGUUUCUUCCCCAUCAUACUCCCUUCUCAAAUCUCUCUCAAGAGGGAAUUUCUUUGAAUUGCAAGAUGGCAACCGAAACCUUAUUAUCCGCCAACUCAGACGUGAACCAGGAGACGAAAGGGGAGUACCGUGGGACAUUUGCGGGCCCCGACGAGUCAAAGGUGCCGGAGAGUUUCGUUUGGCCAGAUGAUCUUAAGGGAUCGCAGGAGGUGCCGGUGCUGCAUGUGCCACAUAUUGACAUAAAUAAGUUUAUGAGUGGCAAGGAAAGUGAUGUUGAAGAGGUGACGAGGCUGGUGGAUGAGGCUUGUAGAAAACAUGGAUUCUUUGUGGUGGUGAACCAUGGAGUUGAUAUGAAAUUAAUGGAUAGUCUUCAUGAGUGUAUGAAUGAGUUUUUUUCAAUGCCUAUGGAUGUGAAGCAAAGGGCUCAUAGGAAGUUCGGUGAGAAUUUUGGAUAUGCUUAUAGCUUCUUUGUGAGAUUCUCCUCCAAUCUUCCAUGGAAGGAAACUCUUUCCCUUCCCUGUGUUGCUGCUGGUGAAAACUCCUCCUCUGCUUAUGACUAUCUUAUUGAAAAAUUAGGCUCAUCAUUCUCCCAUCAUGGGAAGGUGUAUCAAGAUUGUGCGAAAGCAGUGAACGAUCUGGGCAUGAAGAUAUUGGAGGUUUUGGGGUUGAGCCUUGGCGUUUCAAGAGAAUACUUCAGGAAUUUCUAUGAGGACAAUGAUUCCAUAAUGAGGCUUAAUUAUUACCCACCAUGCGCGAAGCCAGAACUUGUGUUGGGAACUGGCCCUCAUUGUGAUCCCACCUCCAUAACAAUCCUUCACCAAGACAAGGUAAGUGGCUUUCAAGUGAGCGUCGAUGAUCAAUGGUAUUCAAUUCCUCCAACCCCAGAUUCCUUUGUCAUCAAUAUCGGUGACACUUUCAAGUCUCUCACAAAUGGGAUUUACAAGAGCUGCGUACACAGAGCUGUAGUGAAUAGCGAGAGUGUAAGAAAAACAAUGGCUUUCUUUAUAUGUCCAAAUCAUGACAAAGUGGUGAGAGCACCGGAGGAAUUGGUGGAGAAGAAUCCACCACGAAAGUAUCCAGAUUACACAUGGGGAACGUUGCUUGAAAUUACUCAAAAGCAUUACCGACCUGAUUGCAACACUUUGGAAGCCUUAACAGAUUGGAUUCAAAAGGGAAAACCGUUGGACAAUGGCUCCACUAUUUCUGCCCCGUCUGCUUAAACCUACCUUAAUUAUGUGUCUUUGUAGCUCUACUUCUCUAUGUAUGUCAAUAAGUGGUUCUAUGUUUAUGAGCUUUCUAGGGAAGAAGACCAUCGUGUAGCGUUCUGUCUAAUGUCUUUCUUCUGUGUUGCUGGAAGUUGCAGGAAAAAAAAACCCUUUAAUA